AUGGGCAAGACCUUCAAAAACAUUCACGCCAGCUCCACCGGCAAAUUCGACGGCAACUCGGACAAGAUCCCGCAAUGGAUCCGAGCCAACGGUGGACAAUACUCCAAGGAAGUUAGCGAGGAGAUCACACACCUGAUCGCAACAAAAGAGGCAUUCAAGGAUAAUGUCGAGGCGGUCCGCAAAGCCAAGCGAUCUAGGAAUAUCAAAAUCGUCUCAUUCGAUUGGCUAGAAGAUUCGCUUUUGUCCAAGAAUCGAAGGCCAAAACGUGAGAAGGAAUAUCUAUUAGAAAUUAUUCUCAGGAAUGAAAAGAAGAAGAACAAGAGGAAAGCAGACGAGAAAGCGCAACGGAAGGAGAUUGGGGAGGAGAGGAAGAAGUGUGCGGGGAGAUCGAACACCGAAGAUCCCUUCAGAAAGAAGAAGAAGGGGGUAAAAGCCGGUGCAGCAGUGUCAAAAUAUCAUCUCUACACAGACAAGGAAGCGAGGGUCACGUACAAUGCUACGCUUGCGCGAUUUAUGCUGCUCAGGAAUUCGAGGGAGAAAUACUUGGUCAAGAUCUACGAAUCGAACAAGGAACCACAUGUCUACGCGACUCAUCUAGAGUACAGCCGUAUCGGGAAACAGCAGAGCGAACUCUUGACUCCGCUGAAAGCAGAUCGAGAUGCUGCAGUCAAGGCGUUCAAGACGUUUUUCAAGGACCAAACGGGUAUGGAGUGGGAGAAAAGGCUGAACGGUAUCUUUCCCUCGCCAAAGAGAGAUGCCGAUGGCAAUCUACUGCCCUCCCACGAGGGCUGGUUCUCCUACGAGAUUCAGGGGAGCUUGAUAUCGAAUUUUCUUCGUGAGGAGGUGGUCAAGGUACCCGGCCAUGGCUCGAUGGUGGAGAAACAUGACCAUCCAGUAGAUUUGCAAGGCGUGAAAAACAAGCCGGAUCAGGAACGAGACGGCGAAAGAUCAGACGGCGACUUGAGAAGUAUAUAUGAUUUGACUGGCUCUGACAUUGAGAUUUUGAGCACCUCUGCACGGGGAAAGAUUUCGUUCGGUUAGCCCCCCUAACUAUGGCCGGAGCUGACUCUUUGUUGCCUGGGUU